GUAUUUAUAAUCAAUGAUACUAUCUUUAAUCGCGGUGUGUUGUAUUUGUAUAACACAAUAGUACCUUAGUACCAUGCAUAGUAGUCCACAGACAUUCAUAAUAAUAAUAUGCCUACAGCCUACGUGAUCUGCUUUGAUACAGAGGUCAAUGAUAUUAGUAAUUUAUUAACUAUUUAACUACACUGAUAACUUUCAUCAUUGCAUAAAUUAGAACAGAUUAAAAGCGUUGUAAUCCAUGUAUAAUACUUGUAUAUAUUAAAUGGAUUCUGCUUCUGCUGGAAAUACAAAUCGACUUAAGCAACUCAAUGAUUUAAGUAAUGAAGAUCAACAUUUAAUAUCUAUGUGCACACUGGCUAGGGAGAGAGCAUAUGUUCCAUACAGCAACUUCAAAGUCGGUGCAGCGUUGCGAUGUGAUGAUGGUACCAUAUUCUCAGGCUGUAAUGUAGAAAAUGCCUCGUAUGGGCUCGCAAUAUGCGCUGAACGUACAGCUAUUGUGAAAGCUGUAAGUGAAGGAAAAACUAAAUUCACUACAAUUGCAAUUGCAGGAUUGAACAACAAUCAAUUUGUUCCUCCUUGUGGUGCUUGUAGACAAGUAUUAAGUGAAUUUAAUAAUCCCAAUAAUGACAUGAUUGUUUAUUUAUACCAACCGGAGGGUAGUAAUGUAGUUAAGACAAGUGUGUCUGAACUACUUCCAUUUGAUUUUAAAUUUAAUGAAUUGUUAAUUAUUAAGUAAAAAUAGCUUAUCUAUUAACUUUUUGAAAUUAUACCUAUUAUGAGUUAAGGUUUUGAUAAAUUUGUUUAAGAUUUUUUUUUUUUUUUAUAAUGACUACUCUUUUGAAUAAAUUUAGACGCAUUAACCAUUUAUAUUUUAUACCUAUUACUUUAAUUUACUUGUAAAAUAUCAUUCUUUAUAAAAAUUCAAAUAAUUAUACAAGUACUGGGUACUUAUAUUUUUGUAUGUAUAAAAUAUAUAAAUAUAGUGUUUUAUAAAUGUAUAAUAUCAUAGUUGACAUGUUACAUGUAAAGUUAAUUUUUGUUUAAAUUGUUUUUUCUUGAAUAAAGCUAUAGAAUAAA